CUUCAGUUUUUAAAGGAGCUUCUAUCCUCCAUCCUUCAAAGGGUUCUUCCUAAAUACAGCAGGUGGAAAUCAGCAUGAAUUUGAGUAUGUGGUGCAAAGACAUGUAUCCCAGCACCUCCGUGGAUGAACACACCCCUGAGCAUCUUCUUCCUUUUGAGCGCAAAUCACAAGAAUCCUUCUUGAAUAAGGGUAGCGAGAUGAAUAGAACGCUACUUGGGAGUCAUUACAAUAAUAGCGGUGAAUUGCAACCAUCUGCUGUCAAACGGAGAGGCCAUCAAGCGAAGCGAGCCCGAGUGGAGAACAUCAUCAGCUGCAUGACCGGCUCGCCUGGUUGGGAGAUGAAAGAACACCUGGUCCGAAUACCCGAGGUAAACCAGCAGCCGUAUUUCUCCGAAACUCUUCCAGAUGACCCGAUGUGGAAUGGUUCUUCCGACUUGACGCCAAGGGAUCAGGACUCUUACCGGGAGUUUGAAAACAUGGCAAGUGACAGAUACCCUGGAUGCAAGAAGACAAAGUUGACGGGUCUUUCACUCGAACCUAUGGCAGAUGUUUUGAAGUAUGAAUUAUCCAGAGCUGUGAGUAAGAGCGUCGACUCCAUUUUUAAAAAUAUUCCGCUUUUACAGACAUCGCAUAAAGAUCAGAUGGAGUCUUCUCUAAAUAGCCCGACGCAAUCAUUGGGUUCUAAUAACGUACUAAAUGUUCAAACUGAAGCUCUCUCUCUGGUGGUCCAUAGACCUUUAGUAGACCAUUUCAGAACUAAAGUUCAUAGACUAUCUCGUGAUUCGACUCCGUACCGAGACUGGGAAUCUGACAAGACUCCUAAUACCGAAUUGGCGCAAACCAAGUUGGACGCACUAAGGAACUGUGUCAAAGUCAGAUCUGAGGUCAAUUCCAGAUCUUUGAGGGCAACGUCCAGCCACGUAACCACCGUGGAUCCGACAGUUUUGGAAGGUAUACACUUUCCGCGCGUCAAAAUCGAAUCUAGCGGCUUUCUCAAGAGUCAUCUUUACAUCCUAAACGAGGGUCUGACCACCAACCAUCUGAAAAAAGCCAAGCUGAUGUUCUUCUACACCCGCUACCCAAGCUCUCUGGUUCUGAAGACGUGUUUCCGUGACGUGCGGUUGACGCGCUGCAUCGCCUCGCAGCUCAUCAAGUGGUUCAGUAACUUCCGGGAGUUCUACUACAUCCAGAUGGAGAAGUUUGCCCGCCACGCCGUCGCGGAGGGGACGGCCCACACAAGGGCGCUCUCUGUGGGGAGAGAGUCGGAACUUUUCAGAGCCCUAAACGGGCACUACAACAAAGGCGGCGACUUCCAGGUCCCCAAUCGUUUCCUGGAAGUGGCCGAGAUUACACUGCGGGAAUUCUACACUGCCAUUUCCGCCGCCAAGGACCGAGAUCCGUCCUGGAAGAAGGCUAUCUACAAGAUCAUCUCUAAGCUGGAUGCGGACGUUCCAGCUCAAUUCAAGAUUUAUGGAUGAAAAUUUGAGUAUAACGUACAUGUACAUGACCACAACAGAACCAAGAGUUUUUUUUCCAUUUGUGAGCAAUAAUGUUCGUUAAGAAAAUAGUGAAAAACAUGAUACAUCCGGAUGAAUUGCUAAAACUUUCAAUAGAUCUGAAGAAAACACAAAUUUUCCUGGAUAGCUUAUGAACCUAACAUUAGCAAUAUACUGUUGUAGCAAGGCACAUUUACAGAUUCAACAAUUUUGGCUGAUGUCAGAUUUUUUUGUCCGAGAUGUAAUAAAUCUGUCAAAUGUUUUAAUCGAUGAAUUGCGUUAAGAUUUUUGUAACGUUUCCAUCACAUUAUGGCAAAGUAAGCAAUACAAAACAUCACAACAUAAUAAUCGCCAUGAAUGUUGAUCGAUUACAUUUCGAUUAAUCGCUGCACUUCAGUUUGCUAGCAGGUUAGCAUUGCAAAAGACAACCUUUUAAUUGCUUUACCUUGACAAAUUGGGUUUGUUUUUAAUAGAACUUUGGAGAUUUGUUUUCAAUCCAUGACACAAUGACAUUGAU